AUGGACGACAACGAACUCAACACGUUCUUUCGCGAAGCCUCUGCGACAGAGCCCGUGGUGUUCGUCAAUGGCCGGCGGUUCGUGCUCCCCGUAGGUCACGCCAACACCACGCUGCUGCAGUUCCUGCGCGACAAUGGCCUGACAGGCACGAAGCUGGGGUGCGGGGAGGGCGGGUGCGGUGCGUGCACUGUAAUGGUGUCGCGGGUAGACGCUAGCACGGGCAGGAUCAGCCACUGUGCCGUCAACGCAUGCCUAGCCCCUCUAUACAGUGUAGAAGGGGCAGCUGUGGUGCCUAGCCCCUCUAUACAGCGUAGAAGGGGCAGCGGUGGUGACGGUGGAGGGUAUCGGCAGCACGCGGGGGAGGCUGCAUCCGGUGCAGGCGGCUCUGUCCUCCUCCCACGGCUCACAGUGCGGCUUCUGCACGCCUGGACCGGCUCCACCCCCACUGCUAGCAGCAGCAAGGAAAGGAGCCGGGCGGUGUGGUUCCGGCCAAUCACGCUGCGCCAGCUGUUGGCGCUGCGAGAAGUUUUUCCUGCAGCCAAGGUGGUGGCGGGAAACACGGAGGUCGGGGUGGAGAUGCGGUUCAAGGGACUCAGCCCUCCAGCCUACAUCCACGUGGCAGCCAUCCCUGUGCUCUCAGAGAUCAGCCAAUCAGAGCACGGGAUCACCGUGGGGGCAGCAGCCUCCCUGUCCGCCCUGCGCCAAGCCAUGCUAUCAGCAGUGCAGCACGCACCAGCUCACAAGACGGCUGUGUGUGCUGCUACAGCAGAGCAGCUAAGGUGGUUCGCGGGAGUACAGAUUCGCAACGUGGCAACGCUAGCUGGUAACAUCGUAACAGCCAGCCCCAUAUCCGACCUCAACCCCAUCCUCAUCGCUGCCAACGCGACAUUCCACCUCGCCAGGCUGGCACCCAAGGCCGCUGACGUGGCAGAUGCUGACGUGGCAGCGUCUGCUGACGUGGACAAGGCUCAGCACGCCACCCGUCCAAUUGAGCUGCGACAGGUGGCAGCACGGGACUUCUUCAAGGGUUACCGGAAGGUGGAUUUGAGGGAGGGAGAGGUUCUUACUGCCGUGUUCAUCCCGUGGACUCGGCCCAACGAGCACAUAAUGGCGUACAAGCAGGCACACCGCAAGGACGACGACAUUGCUCUCGUCAAUGCUGCCCUGCGCGCGCUGCUCUCGCCUCCCAACCGAGACGCCCCUCCUACUGUCCUCGAAUGCUCGCUCGUCUUCGGAGGAGUGGCAGCAACAACCGUGUCAGCCCACCGCACGCAACAACACCUUCUCACCCGCCCAUGGACUCAGGAGACUCUUCAGGUGGCGCUUCAGGUGCUUCAGGAGGAGAUCUCUAUACCUGAGAACGCACCUGGCGGCAUGCCUGAGUUCAGGGGGUCUCUUGUUCUCUCUUUCUUCUUCAAGUUCUUUCUGCUCGUGGCCCACCGCGUGCACGGACAUACUCAACAGCAGCUGCUGCGAGGGAAAAUGGGAACGGGGGCAGAGGGAGAGGCAGGAGCAGAAGGUGGAGCAGGAGCAGGCCCAGGCAUAGGUGAUGGAGAGACGAGCAUCAUCACCACCACCACUGCAACCACCACCAGCAACAGCAGCAGCAGCAACAAUGGUGUUGGUCACAGCAAUGCAUCUUCUGUGUGGCCGCCCCCCUCCUACCUGUCCGCCUUGGACUCUCUCCCUCGCCCCUAUCCCCGUGGCAUGCAAGCAUGGGAGGCUAGACCCCUCGCAGAGGGGGCUGCAACUGAGGGAGGGAGGGAGGAUGGAGGCGAGGUGGUGGGAGUGCCGGCUGUUCACCUCUCUGCUGACUUACAGGUCACAGGGGAGGCAGAAUACGCGGAUGACACGCCUCUUCCCCCCUCCGCCCUGCACGGGGCUCUCGUGCUCAGCACACGCCCCCACGCCCGCAUCCUCUCCAUCGACCAAUCAGAGGCCGCCACCUGUCCGGGCUUCGUGGGGAUGUUUGGGGCCAAGGAUGUGCCCGGUAGCAACCGGUUUGGUGCGGUGGAGCACGAUGAGGAGGUGUUCGCAUCGGAGAUUGUGCAAUGUGUGGGGCAGGUACGAGCGGGGUGGUUAGGUAUGGGUGUGGGGCAGGUGAAUGUGGGGCAGGCGGGUGUGGGGCAGGUAUGGCUGGGGCAGAUAAUUGCAGUGGUUGUUGCCGACACUCACGACAACGCUCGGGCAGCCGCAAAAAAAGUCAAGGUGGUCUACGAGGACCUGCCCGCCGUACUCACCAUCCAGGAAGCCCUUGCUUCGGGCAGCUUCCACAAAUUCCCGUUCUCAGGCAGGCAGACCGAAAGAAAUCUCCUCAGGGUCCCAGACCCCUCUGGAAAAACUGACUGCGACAGCAAGGAAAUUGACGAGAACAAUAUUGAAGAGAGCAAGGAAGGAAGCAUGGAAGCGAGCAGCGAAAACAACUCCUCCCCGGCCGAUCCAGCAAGCUUCCAAGCGCCCGCCGCCCGGACUGGGUCCUCCGUCUCCGCUGCUGACGUGGAAUCCGUCCUUGCUGACGUGUCCCAAUGCCCAUUGGUACUCGAAGGCGAGGUGGCAAUGGGCGGGCAGGAGCACUUCUACCUCGAACCAAACACCUGCGUGGUCUGGCCUGUGGACGGGGGAAGGGAAGUCCACAUGCUCUGCUCCACGCAAGCCCCCACACACCACCAGAAGGAUGUUGCUUCUGUUCUCGGGAUUCCCAUGCACAGGGUGGUUUCGUGGGUUAAGAGGCUGGGAGGGGGGUUCGGGGGGAAGGAGACGCGGAGUGUGCUGGUGGCGGCGGCGGCGUGCGUGCCGGCGUGGCGGUUGAACAGGGCUGUGCGGAUCACGUUGGAGAGGGAUGACGAUAUGAAGGUCACGGGGCAGCGACACCCCUUCUACGGCAAGUAUAAGAGGCUGGGAGGGGGGUUCAAGGGGAAGGAGACGCGGAGCGUGCUGGUGGCAGCGGCGGCGUGCGUGCCGGCGUGGCGGUUGAACAGGGCUGUGCGGGUUACGUUGGAGAGGGAUGAUGAUAUGAAGGUCACGGGGCAGCGACACCCCUUCUAUGGCAAAUACAAGGUGGGUGCGAUUGUGGUUUGUCAGAUUCAAGGGCUAUCAGAACCUCUUCUUCCCUCACCUGCUCCCCUCCCCCCCUUCUCCACCCGUCCCCCUCCCCCUUCCCCUUAUCCCCUCUCUCCCCUCCCCUUCGCCCCUCCCCCCCCUCUCUCCCCCACCCCCACCCUCCUUGAACAGAUGGGCUUCACACCCGCGGGUCAUCUCGUGGCUCUCCAAAUCCUCCUAGUUUCCAAUGCCGGCUGCACUCUCGACCUCUCAGCAGUGGCACAUGGCUCGCACGCACCUGCUUGCCCCCCGCUCAACCCUCCUCCCUCCUUUUCCCGUCCUCCUCUCACCCGCUCUGGACAGGUGGGCUUCACCCCUUCUGGUCGCCUUGUGGCUCUCCAAGUCCUGCUCCUGUCCAACGCCGGCUGCACUCUCGACCUCUCAGCAGCAGUGCUAGAGCGAGCCCUCUUCCACUGUGACUCCGUCUACUCAGCACCACACAUGCACGCCCGGGGCCGCAUGGCUCGCACGCACCUGCCGUCCAACACGGCGUUCCGGGGCUUCGGUGGGCCGCAGGGGAUGAUGGUGAUGGAAAGUGCUAUCGAUCACGUGGCGAGGACCCUUGGGAAGAGCGCGGAAGAAAUCAGGUUUUUGAAUCUCCAACCAGAGGGCUACACACUGCACUUUGGCCAGCUGCUGACGCACAACCCGAUGCACCGAAUCUGGACGCAGUUACUCCAUUCUUCCUCCUUUGAAUCCCGCCGACUCGACAUCGACACGUACAACUCAACAAGCCGGUGGCGAAAGAAGGGCCUUGCUAUGAUCCCCACCAAGUUCGGCAUUUCAUUCACGGCCAAGUUUCUGAACCAGGGCGGGGCGCUGGUGCACGUGUACACGGACGGAACGGUGCUGGUGACACACGGAGGGGUGGAGAUGGGUCAGGGGCUGCAUACCAAGUGCGCUCAGAUUGCUGCUCGGACGCUGGAAGUACCCAACACUUCCCCCACAGCCGCAUCAGCAUCGUCAGACAUCUACGGGCAGGCGGUUUUAGAGGCAUGUGAGGAGAUCAAGCGGCGGAUGGCGCCGAUCAGGCAGCAGUACCCUGAGGAGACGUUUGGGCAGAGUGCCGAUCGGUGUUACAGAGAGCGAGUAAACCUGUCAGCACAGGGAUUCUUUGCCUCUCCAAACAUCGGAUUCGACUGGGCAACAGCCUCCGGAUCUCCCUUUGCGUACUUCACCUUUGGAGCAGCGGUGGCGGAGGUGGUGGUAGAUGUGCUCACAGGGGAGUGGGUGGCGCCGCGAGUGGAUGUUCUCAUGGACGUGGGGCGGUCACUCAACCCGGCUAUCGACAUUGGGCAGAUAGAGGGAGCGUUCGUGCAGGGAAUGGGGUGGUCGGUGAUAGAGGAGAGCAAGUGGGGCGACAGCGCCCACCCAUGGGUGGCGCCAGGCUCUCUCUUCACGUGUGGCCCCGGCACGUACAAGAUCCCGGCUGCCUCUGACAUUCCCACUGACUUUAGAGUCACCCUGCUGGCGGACUCCCCCAAUCCGCACGCAGUUCUCUCCUCCAAAGCAGUCGGCGAGCCGCCCUUCUUCCUCGGCUCAUCAAUCAUGUGGGCCAUAAAAGACGCAAUCUACGCCGCCCGGAAGGACGCCGGCCACACUGGCUUCUUUCGUCUAGACUCUCCCGCCACACCAGAGAGAAUCCGCCUGGCAUGUGCUGAUCAGCUGACAGAGCCGUUUUGUGGGCCGAAUGUUGUGCCACGGCUUAGUGUGUAA